ACAGCCAUUCUUGAUUUUACACAGUCUCUGUUCUGGUUCCGAAGACUUCCUUGUGGCAACAUUUUAGGUUGAAAGUUCACAAAUGGCGCGGAAACCAGAGAAAGGCGUUUGAAUUGUGUUGUUGCCAAUUUCAAUUCGUUUUCCUGUCUUGCAUUUCUUUCACGUUUGAAACGCAAACUUCAAAAGCAAACAGUGCCAUGAGCAAAAGAAAAUCAAGAGAGAGUCAUAUGACAGUUGGGCAAUGUGUCUCACAGGCACAAAAGGUUUUGAGGCAGAGAUUUUGCCACCAGGAGAUAUCUACUCCACCCGUGGGUCUUGAAUCUCAGCACAAACACUUGCUGGAGUUGCUGAGGAGAACGGCUGUUCACGGCGAGAGUAACUCGGUACUCAUCGUGGGACCCAGGGGAUCGGGCAAGACAAUGUUGCUGAACUACGUCCUGAAGGAACUACUACAGGAGAAAGAUGUUAAGAGUAACAUCAUGUUGGUUCGUUUGAAUGGGUUGCUGCAGACCGAUGAUAGGAUUGCUCUUAAAGAGAUCACAAGACAGCUCAACUUGGAGAACGUUGUUGGGGACAAAGUCUUUGGCAGUUUUGCUGAGAACCUUGGGUUCCUUUUGGAAGCACUAAAGAAAGGUGACCGGAGCAGCAGUCGUCCAGUGAUUUUUGUGCUGGAUGAGUUUGAUCUCUUUGCCCACCACAAGAACCAGACGCUUCUGUACAACCUGCUGGAUGUUUCGCAGUCGGCCCAGGCCCCUGUCGCUGUGGUGGGCCUCACUUGUCGACUGGAUGUGCUGGAGCUGCUUGAGAAGCGGGUCAAGUCGCGUUUCUCCCACCGCCAGAUCCACCUGCUCAGCUCAAUGGGCUUCAGCCAAUACCUGGAGAUGGUGCGCUCUCAGCUCAGUCUCCCCUUGGACUUCCCCGACAGCAAGUUCUCGGACGAGUGGAACGCCAGUGUUAAGAAACUGUGUGAGGACAAAUCAGUGGAGGAGGUUUUACGCAAACACUUCAACAGCAGCAAGGACUUCCGCUCACUGCAUUUGCUGCUGCUCUUGGCUCUGGGCCGCGUAACUGUGUCAAACCCGGUCAUCAGGCCAGUGGACCUGCUGGAAGCUGGCCGCUGGAGUAGUGUGGACUCAAAGGCAAACAUUCUCCAUGGUGUGUCUAUUCUGGAGUUAUGUCUCAUCAUUGCUAUGAAGCACCUGAAUGACAUCUAUGAGGGAGAGCCUUUCAACUUCCAGAUGGUACACAAUGAAUUCAAGAAGUUCAUCAGCAGGAAAUCACACACCAUCCAUAAUUUUGAGAAGCCAGUUGUCAUCAAGGCCUUUGAGCACCUCCAGCAGCUGGAGCUGAUUCGGCCUGUGGAGGCGUCCAGCGCAAAGAUCCAGAAGGACUACCAGCUAAUGAAGCUCAUGUUGGACCACACCCAGGUCCUGGAGGCCGUGCAGCGCUACCCACAAUGCCCCACAGAUGUUCGGCAGUGGGCCACCUCCGCAUUUGCCUGACACUUGGACUGUAUGCUUGUUAUGGCGAUUCCCAUUCUCAAUAGUGUUGACUUGAGAGGUUUCUUUGCAAAUAGUGCAUCAGUAUGUGGCAAAUGUUACAGUGGAUCACUGAUGGAUGACCACUUAUGGACCAAAACAUACACGGCCUUGGACUUUAGGUUGUGUUGACAUACAAAAAUAUUCUGUUUUUUAUGCAUCACACUUUUUCAUGGCAAAAAUGUAAAAAUAAAAACUUGAUUGUUGAAUUAAACUAAGACAGCUAUUGUA